CUCGGGACCCUUUUCCGAGAGACUAUGGCGCUCAACAAGAAUCACUCGGAGGGCGGCGGAGUGAUCGUCAACAAUACCGAGAGGAAAAAGCACGUACGUGAUCAUCUCAAGGGCUAGUGGACUGAUACCCUUGCAGACCCAGCUUCAGAACCCCAGGUUUAAAGGAACCCUGAAGUGAGCCCUUUGCAUCCUGAUGUCCUAUGACCAUGUAGAACUUACGUUCAGUGACAUGAGGAAUGUGCCAGAGGCCUUCAGAGGGACCAAGAAAGGCACCGUCUACCUUACCCCGUACCGGGUCAUCUUUCUGUCCAAGGGGAAGGAUGCCAUGCAGUCCUUCAUGAUGCCGUUUUAUCUGAUGAAGGACUGUGAGAUCAAGCAGCCUGUGUUUGGAGCAAACUACAUCAAGGGAACAGUGAAGGCUGAAGCGGGAGGUGGCUGGGAAGGCUCUGCGUCGUACAAGUUGACCUUUGUGGCAGGGGGCGCCAUUGAAUUUGGGCAGCGGAUGCUACAGGUGGCAUCUCAAGCCUCCCGAGGUGAAGCCCCCAACGGAGCCUAUGGUUACUCUUACAUGCCCAGCGGGGCCUAUGUCUUCCCCCCACCAGUCGCCAAUGGAAUGUACCCCUGCCCUCCUGGCUACCCCUGUCCACUGCCCCCAGCUGAGUUCUAUCCGGGACCUCCCAUGAUGGACGGGGCCAUGGGGUACAUGCAGCCCCCGCCGCCGCCCUACCCUGGGCCCAUGGAGCCUCCGGUCAGCGGCCCCGAUGUCCCCUCCACUCCUGCAGCUGAAGCCAAGGCCGCCGAAGCAGCCGCCAGCGCCUAUUACAACCCAGGCAACCCACACAAUGUCUACAUGCCCACGAGCCAGCCUCCGCCGCCUCCUUACUACCCCCCAGAAGAUAAGAAGACCCAGUAGACCGCUCACACCCACCUCCUCCCGCCUCUCUUUGCUCUCUCCUCCCCUCCCCUUGGGGCUGAGUCUGGGGUGGGGGGCGGGCCUCGUCCUUUCUCCAGGUCUGAUUAUAAAGCAGUCGCCAGGAACUAGCCUGGCAGGGGGAGGGCCCCU